AUGGCAGACUCCUGUUUUUCUGGGCCCUGUGUUCCCACAGCCUCAGCCGCCUCAGUCUGCUCCAGUGAUGUGAGUUGUGGCAGCAACGUCUGCCUGCCCAGUUCUGGCAUGGGCUCCUCCUGGCAGCUGGACGACUGCCCAGAGAGCUGUUGUGAACCUGGCUGCUGUGGGCCCCCCUGCUGCCCUGCCCCAUGCUGCACACCAGCCUCCUGCCUAACCCUGGUGUGCCGCCCAGUCUGCUGUGUGCCCACCACCUGCCAGCCCUGUGCACCCAGCCCCUGCCAGUCUUUCUGCAUCUCCUCCUGCUCCCCAGCCUGCUGCCAGCAGUCUUGCUGCCAGCCCAUUUCCUGUGGGCCUUCCUCCUUCCAGCAGUCUUGCUGCCAGCCCACCUGUUGCAUUGCCCUCCCUGUGUGCUGCAAGCCCAGCUGCUGUGUGACCACAGCCUGUGCUCCAGCCUCCUCCUGCUGCCAGCCCAGCUGCUGCCACCCUGCCUCCUGUGUGUCCCUCCUCUGCAGGCCAGUGUUCAGGCCAGCCACCUGCUGUGUGCCUCUCUCCUGCAAACCCUCCUGCUGCACCACCACCUCCUCCUCCUCCUGCUGCUGUGCACCCUCCUGCUGUCCAGCCACCAGCUGCUGCCGCCCUUCCUCUUGUGUGUCCCUCCUCUGCCAGCCCACCUGCUGCAAGCCUGCCUGCUGCACUGCCACCUCUGGCCAAAAAUCCUGCUGCUGAACACAGGGCACUUGGCCUUUUCCACCCCUGACCACCUUCUGUCAGCCUCCUGCAUACAGCCCCCAAAACAUCAGGCUCAACAACUGGCCAAGGAAGCCAGUCCACCAAGCUACAGCUGAGCACAUCACCCACCCCAGCCCACCCAGGGUCUCCCACAAAGCUCCUCCAUCCCAAGGCUGACCCCAGUCA